UGUGCAGUUGCGUUUCGAGCGGCCGGCGAGUUUGUCGCGUGUGCACACGGUGUUCACAUGUCGUGGUAAAUAAUAUAAUUAACUGCAAUAAUAAUAAUAAUAAUAAUAGCAUAGCAAAAAAUCACAAACACACAACGUUGUCGGAAAAUAUUAUUACCGUCUAAUAAUCGAUUGUAUAUUUUUAACUCCGCGGUCGUGUGCGAUUCGAUCAAAAAACUUCCGAUAGACGUGCAAAAAGCCAAGUGCCGUCGCGUACUAUUGCCUUCGUUCUACGGUAAACGCGAUCUCCGAGAUGGGUCGAAAGUUCCCGUUGCUCGAGUCGUUUCUGGGUUUCCCGCUCAAGACCGGAGCCAUCAUCAGCGGCGUAUACGGAAUAGUGAUUGCCAUCGUUACUGUAAUUCUGAUUUUGGUGAAGGACAUCAAAAUACAGACCAUUGUCAUAGAUUUCUUACCCAAAUCUGUCGUACAAAUCAUUGUUAUUAUUAACCUGCUUAUGACAGUAUUGAUAUCAUUAUUGCUUUUGGCUGGAAUUUUUAUGCGAAAGAAGAUAUUGAUGCUUCCUUGGAUAGUACUAACGAUCAUGUUAUGCAUUGGACUAGUUAUAUCUGUGAUAUACACUAGCAUUGACUUCUUAAUUCAUAAAUUCUAUUUCACUAGCUUUGGGGUUCUAGUGGUUGGCUUACUGUUUGUGUGUGUUUACGUGUAUAUGUGGUGGGUGGCCUAUAGUUAUUAUCAAAAGAUCAAAGAAGAAGAUAACCGGACACCAUACACCAGAACACCUUACUAUGGUUGAAAUAUAAAACUACAUUUUUUUCAUAAUACUAAAUGUUUGAACAAUAAUCAUGCAAUGUUAUUGCCAAUAAGAUUUUUUUAGACAUGAUGAAAUGAUUAACCCUCAACAUUGUAUAUAAUAACAUUGUAUGUGUGUGUACAAGUUAUAUUAUCUAUUAGUUUAAAAGGUUGUUUUCUAUGUUAAUUUUUAA